AUGGCACCUAUUGAUAAUACAUCUGCAGACCCAAAUGCUCCUUUAAAGAAGAAGCCUAUUUCUUAUAAAAAUUUACUUUUAGGUGCAUCAUUAAACUUGUUUGAAGUAUCUACAUUGGGUCAACCAUUUGAAGUUAUCAAAACACAGUUAGCAGCAAAUCGUCAUCAAUCUUUAGUAGAAGCUUUAAAGACUGUUUAUAGUCGAGGAGGUCUACUUGGAUUUUAUCAAGGUUUAAUCCCGUGGGCAUGGAUUGAAGCAUCUACAAAGGGUGCUGUCUUACUUUUUACUGCUUCCGAAUUUGAAUAUCAUGCAAGGGCUGCUGGUGCAUCCCCCUUUGUUGGUGGCAUCAUAGGUGGUAUGGGUGGAGGUAUUGCGCAAGCUUAUACUACAAUGGGUUUUUGUACAUUUAUGAAAACCGUUGAGGUCACGCGUCAUAAAUCAGCUGUAAAGGAAUCAACAUUGAAAAUUGCUCGAGAUAUUAUUAAAAAAGAAGGUAUCGCAGGUAUUAAUAAAGGCGUUAAUGCAGUUGCGGUUAGACAAUGUACAAAUUGGGCUUCUCGGUUUGGUAUCACACGAUUCACUCAAGAAUUCAUUACCAAGACACGGUAUGGUGAUUCCCCUGACGCUCAUUUGCGUACAACUGCUUUAGAUAAAGCAUUGGCAUCUAUUGUAGGUGGUGCUUUAUCAUGUUGGAAUCAGCCCAUUGAAGUCAUUCGAGUUGAAAUGCAAAGUCAAUUAAAGACAGUAGAUCGACCUGAGAAGAUGACCAUCGUAUCCACUACAAAAUAUAUUUAUCAAAAGAAUGGCUUGAAAGGUUUUUAUAGAGGUGUUUUACCUCGUAUUGGCUUAGGCAUGUGGCAGACGCUUUGUAUGGUAGCACUUGGUGAUUAUUUCCGAGCACUCUUUGGUACAAAUUAA